AUGUUUUCCUGUGACCAGUGUUCCAAGUCCUUCUCCUCUGCAGCUCACCUCAAAAGACACCAGAUGCUGCACUCUGGUCUGCGGCCGUUCAAGUGUGACCAGUGCGAGCAGGCGUUCACCCAGGCCUCACACCUCAAGCAGCACCUGCAGACACACACCGGCGUCAAACCCUACCCGUGCGAGCAGUGCGGACACAGCUUCACCACCAGGGGGAGCCUCCACAGACACCAGCUCAUCCACACCGAAAAGUCUGGUGGUUGGGAUCAGGAGUGGGUCAGCAGCAGUCUGGGUGGAGAUGGUCUGCAGUGA